GGGGGGGGGGGGGGGGGAGGGGGGGGGGGGGGGGGGGGGGGGGGGGGGGGGGGGGGGGGGCGGGGGGGGGGGGGGGGGGGGGGGGGGGGGGGGCGGGGGGGGGGGGGGGGGGGGGGGGGGGGGGGGGGGGGGGGGGGGGGGGGGGGGGGGGGGGGGGGGGGGGGGGGGGGGGGGGGGGGGGGGGGGGGGGGGGGGGGGGGGGGGGGGGGGGGGGGGGGGGGAGGGGGGGGGGGGGGGGGGGGGGGGGGGGGGGGGGGGGGGGGGGGGGGGGGGGUGGGGGGGGGGGGGGGGGGCGGGGGGGGGGGGGGGGGAGAAGGAGUAGCUCUAGGCUGCUAUACUAUCGGACUAAAAAACCGAAUAUGUGAUAUCUUCAUCUUCUACGGUUUCGAGAAACGAGAUAUGGAGGAGAUGUAUAUUCUCCAACAAACGAAGAGCUUCCUCCAGGAAACAAAGAGCUAA